AUGGCGGCGUCGCUGCUCCUCCGGGCCGUGCGCCGAAGGGAGCUCGCGUCCCCUCUCGGAUCCCUGGGCGCCAGCUUACAGUCAACAUGUGCGGCCAACGUAUGCUCAAAAUGGGGAAAUUUUGCAAGACCUUUUAGUGCAAAAGCUGCUGGAAAUGAGGUUAUUGGGAUUGAUUUGGGGACAACUAACUCAUGUGUUGCUGUUAUGGAGGGAAAGAACCCAAAAGUUAUUGAGAAUGCUGAAGGUGCGAGAACAACGCCAUCUGUUGUUGCAUUUACUCAGAAGGGCGAAAGACUUGUUGGAACUCCAGCCAAGCGCCAGGCAGUAACCAACCCCCAGAAUACUUUCUUUGGAACAAAGAGGAUGAUCGGGCGACGCUUUGAUGAUCCACAGACACAGAAAGAGAUGAAGAUGGUGCCAUUCAAAAUCGUGAAGGCUCCAAAUGGUGAUGCUUGGGUUGAAACAACAGAUGGGAAACAGUACUCACCAAGUCAGGUCGGUGCAUUUGUGCUGACCAAGAUGAAGGAGACAGCUGAAUCUUAUCUUGGCAAGUCUGUCUCAAAGGCAGUGAUUACUGUUCCAGCUUAUUUCAAUGAUGCUCAGCGUCAGGCCACAAAGGAUGCUGGCCGAAUUGCUUGCCUUGAUGUUGAAAGGAUCAUCAAUGAACCUACAGCAGCUGCUCUGUCCUAUGGAAUGAACAACAAGGAAGGCUUGAUAGCGGUAUUUGAUCUUGGAGGAGGAACAUUUGAUAUCUCCAUUCUGGAGAUCUCAAACGGAGUUUUUGAGGAUGCCGGAAUAUCUACUAAAGAGGUGGAUGAAGUACUUCUUGUUGGUGGAAUGACUAGGGUUCCAAAGGUGCAGGAGGUAGUCUCUGAAAUCUUUGGAAAGAGCCCAAGCAAAGGAGUCAACCCAGAUGAAGCUGUGGCCAUGGGUGCUGCCAUUCAGGGUGGCAUUCUCCGUGGAGAUGUUAAGGAGCUUCUUCUUCUUGAUGUUACUCCCCUGUCACUGGGUAUUGAGACCCUCGGUGGUAUCUUCACUAGAUUGAUCAACAGAAACACUACAAUCCCUACAAAGAAAAGUCAGGUGUUCUCAACUGCUGCUGACAAUCAGACCCAAGUGGGUAUCCGUGUCUUGCAAGGUGAGCGUGAAAUGGCUGCAGACAACAAAGUUCUUGGUGAAUUUGAUCUCGUGGGCAUUCCGCCUGCCCCAAGAGGCUUGCCUCAGAUUGAGGUUGCAUUCGACAUCGACGCCAAUGGAAUCGUGACCGUCUCAGCCAAAGAUAAGGCUACCGGGAAGGAGCAGAACAUCACCAUCCGAUCCUCGGGUGGGCUGUCCGAGGCUGACAUCCAGAAGAUGGUGCAAGAAGCUGAGCUUCAUGCCCAGAAGGAUCAGGAACGGAAAGCCCUCAUUGACAUCAGGAACAAUGCGGACACCACUAUCUACAGCAUCGAGAAGAGUCUGGGAGAGUACAGGGACAAGAUCCCGGCAGAGGUUGCAUCCGAGAUUGAGGCAGCCAUCGCUGACCUCCGCCAGGAGAUGGCCUCGGAUGACAUCGAGAAGAUCAAGGCCAAGCUCGAGGCUGCCAACAAGGCUGUCUCGAAGAUUGGACAGCACAUGUCUGGUGGUGGCUCUGGCAGCUCGCAGUCAGGAUCUGGACCUCAGGGUGGCGGCGACCAGGCGCCGGAGGCAGAGUAUGAGGAGGUUAAGAAGUGA